CAAUUUCAAUGAAAUGUCAAAAUCUGUGAAAUCAAAUCGUAAAUGGACAUUUUUUCUAUAAAAUAAAUCACAAUUGGACUCGUAAAAAACAAUAUGUUGAGAUUAUUAUUAUAGUCUUUAGUUAAUUGUGUCGUAAAGUUGCUUAAGGGUCACAUCAUUCGUCAUUAAGUAAAGCAGUAUAUAAUACAGACGAAGAUGAUUUACUAUAAUCGAAGGUGUUAUUGUAGGAUUAACAUUGGAAUAUUGUUAUGUUUGAUUUGUUAUUCUAUUAGUAAUGUAUAUUGUCAGAUAAACACUGUUGAACAUACCCACCGCAAAGAAUACGAAAAGGAACAGUUUAUUAGGCUGAAGAGAUCAAGCAACAUAAAUAUAACAAGUUCUAGUGAAGCAAGUUCCCCUGAUGUCAACGCCUCUAGCUCAUCUACUGAAGGCGCCGUCAUAUAUGAGAUUGGUCCAUCCAAUCAUUCGUUAUUAUCAAUUGUUCAAGUGAAUAUUUCUUCAUCGGCUGUACCUAAUGUAUCAAUCCCUAGCCCAUCAGAUCCUGCACCUUUACCUGCUAAAGGUUCAGCUGAAGACGAACAUAAUAGUUCAAUGGCCAUAUUUUUCGUAUUAUGCAUUCUUGCUUUAGGAAUACUCUUAAUCCAUCUUAUGCUACAAACUGGCUUUUCAUACCUUCCUGAAAGUGUAGUUAUAGUGUUUCUUGGAGCACUGAUUGGCAUGUUAAUCAAUGUGAUGUCUAUAAAAAAUAUAGCAAACUGGAGAAAGGAGGAAGCAUUUUCGCCAACAGCUUUCUUUUUAGUGCUCCUUCCACCAAUAAUAUUUGAGUCUGGUUAUAACCUUCAUAAGGGUAACUUUUUCCAGAAUAUUGGAUCAAUAUUGUUGUUUGCAAUAGUGGGUACUGCUAUCUCCGCUUUUGUUAUUGGAGCAGGUAUAUAUUUAUUGGGUUUAGCUCAAGUGGUGUACAAAUUGAGUUUUGUGGAGUCUUUUGCUUUCGGGUCUUUAAUAUCGGCUGUGGAUCCAGUGGCCACUGUGGCCAUUUUCCAUGCUCUUGAUGUAGAUCCUGUGCUGAAUAUGUUGGUUUUUGGCGAGAGUAUUCUGAAUGAUGCAGUAGCUAUUGUACUGACUACUGCUGUGUUAGACUCCAAUGGCCCAGAUAUGUCAACUGGUGAAGCAAUUCUUUCUGCAAUAAACCGUUUUUGGCUGAUGUUCUUUGCCUCUGCUGGUAUUGGAGUACUCUUUGCACUUGUAAGUGCCCUAUUGUUGAAGCAUGUUGAUUUGAGAAAAAAUCCAUCUUUGGAAUUUGGCAUGAUGCUGGUAUUUACAUAUGCCCCAUAUGUACUUGCUGAAGGAAUACAUUUGUCAGGUAUUAUGGCAAUAUUGUUUUGUGGAAUUGUAAUGUCUCAUUACACUCAUUUCAACUUGUCCACUGUGACCCAAGUAACAAUGCAGCAAACUAUGAGGACCUUGGCUUUUAUUGCUGAAACAUGUGUAUUUGCUUAUCUUGGAUUGGCUAUAUUUAGUUUCAAACACCGUGUGGAGCCUGCACUUGUUGUCUGGAGUAUUAUGAUGUGUCUGCUUGGUCGAGCUGCAAAUAUUUUUCCUCUGGCUCUGUUAUGUAACAAAUUUCGGGAACAUAAGAUAACCAAAAAAAUGAUGUUUAUCAUGUGGUUCAGUGGAUUGCGUGGUGCUAUCUCCUAUGCACUUUCACUGCAUCUUGGAUUUUCUGAUGAGACACGACACGUCAUUAUUACAACAACUCUUAUAAUUGUAUUGUUCACUACUUUGUUUUUUGGAGGAUCAACUAUGCCAUUGCUUAAGUUUUUACGGGCUAAUAAGAAAACCAAACGUUCCAAAUCAUUGCGUAAGCAAAAAGAAGUCAGUUUGUCAAAGACCAAAGAAUGGGGGCAAGCCAUUGAUUCCGAACAUUUAUCAGAAUUGACUGAAGAGGAAUUAGAGGUAAAUUAUUCUCAUGCAACAAGAUUAAAAGGUUUCGUGAGGUUGGACAUGAAAUAUUUGAUACCUUUCUUUACUAGGAGAUUCACGCACCAGGAACUCAAAGAUUGUAAGAGCCAAAUGACGGAUCUGACCAAUCAAUGGUACCAAGCGAUAAGGGUCACUAACGAUCGAGAAACCGACGAAGAAGAAAGUUUACAACAAAGUUCUUUGUCUAACUCGCACGCUAGCCUGCAGCGAGGCGUGUAAGGAAUAUUUUAUACCUUUUUUUAUUUCUAUAAAACACUGUCCACAUUAAAAAAAAAAUAAUUUCCAAGAAUGUAAAAGGUAUCCAAGUAUAUAACAAUUAUUUUCUUCAUUGUUAUGUCAUUAUAGAUUUCUAUAUUUAAGUAAGUACAUCUAGUUAAAUUAGAUUUGAAUUGAAGUGAAAAUCAUAAGAAACAUGCUAUAAAAGGCAUACAUUUCGUUUAUACUCACCGUCCUUGGAAUUAUGUUGUGUCGUAAUAUUUAUUUUACUUAAAUUAAAUUUAAAUGCAUUAAUAAGAAAACAAUAUUUAUUUUAAAAGAAGAUGAAAAAUAUACAAUAUCUGUGCCGGUGUUUCUUUGAAACAAAUCAAAGUUUAAUUUAGGGAGUAACGGAGGGAGUAUGAGAUAGACCUUCUGCCUUCAUCCAUGAGGCUUCAGAAUAUCAACCUACCCAAAUAUAAUUGCAAAUUCGCCUCUAUUAUCGUGUCGUAGGUGAUUUGAUAUGCGAUUGUCUGUUCUUUUUGAAUAAACGCUUUUUGUGCAUAAGUACCUAAAGUAUUGUAAGUAUUUGCCGUGUGGUUCCCGGCACUAUUACAAAAAAGAAUAGGACCACUCCAUCUCUUUCCCAUGGAUGUCGUAAAAGGCGACUAAGGGAUAGGCUUAUUAACUUAGGAUUCCUCUUUUAGGCGAUGGGCUAGCAACCUGUCACUAUUUGAAUCUCGGUUCUAUCAUUAAGCCAAAUAGCUGAACGUGGCCAUUCAGUCUUUUCAAGACUGUUGGCUCUGUCUACCCCGCAAGGGAUAUAGACGUGAUCAUAUGUAUGUACCUAAAGUUUAGUGUUGGCUGCACGUGUUAAAUGUCUACUAUUAGAAUAAGCAGUAUAAUUUGUUUCAUUAUAGGUUUAAAUACAUUUUAAUGAUGUCUUUGUUAUUCAAGUAUAUAAUAGUCAUUGAUUGUGAUGGAAUUUUAGGAAUCACCAAGUGAUAAUGAUAACAGGCACCGUAAAUUUUGUUAGUUAUGUCCGGCUGUGUUUCGCCUUUAUACUUAAUUUGUAGCCAUAUUUUCACUAUUUUCAUCAAAGAUUUGAGAAAAUGACCUGUAAUGUAUGUCAACAACAUAACAAAAAAGCGCGUGUUAAUCCUUAUUUCAGUUCGUCAAGGCUUUAUCAUCAAAGGAUAGCAUGAUAGUACCUAUCUGAAAACAUAGAUUUUUAGUCACGCACUUUUCUUUACGUCUACGUACGUACGUUACGUACGUACGUUUACGUCACGUAACCAUUUUUUUGUUUCUGUGAUAAAUAUAUACAUAAAUAUUUUAUACUAUGUACCAGUGAAUGCAAUUCACUAGUUGGUGUUGUGGAAAAAGGUUAACCAUUUCAAAAGAUAAAAAAUAUAUGUAUACAGGGCACCUUUUCCACCUGUUUUUUGGAAAUUUUUCGAUAUUUAUCUUUAUAUUGAAAUAGGCAUCUCAUAAAAAACGAAUUCAAAUUUUUGCUUACGAUUUUCGUCUUAAAUAAAUGUUAGUUGAUGUUAUAAAUUUUAUUUACUUUUUAAAAGAGCCUGGCUCUGUGCCAUUAUUCGUGCAAUCUGAAUAUGUGAACAAGUUAGAAUUUCUCAGUAAUGUUAAUUAAUAUUUUAAAAUAGUCUCGAAAACUGUAAGUAUUGUAGAUAUAAUAUCUGUCAGUUUAAAUAUUUUUGGGUUGUUUAGUAAAGGGUAAUUUUAUAGUGUACUUAAUUAAUGAAAUUUUUGAAUAUAAAUUUAUAAUUGUUUGACAUAUUUUUCUGUCUGAAUGUCUUAAUUUUCAAAUAUUUAAUAUUGUACUACUAUUGCUUAUCUGUACUUUCUAUACUAAUAUUAUAAAGCUGAAGAGUUUGUUAGUUUGUUUGAACGCGCUAAUCUCAGGAACUACUGGUUCGAAUUGAAAAAUUCUUUUUGUGUUGAAUAGACCAUUUAUCGAGGAAGGCUUUACAUCAUGCUCGCUCGUUGCAUCGCUGCAACUAUUGGGUGCGAAGAAAUAAAAGAAAACGUGAAAUAAAUGGGGAAAAUUAUUCAUCCUUGAGGGCUUCCGGUUCAAGAUACCAAAAAUAUAUGUUUGAAAGAAUUAUUCCUCUUAACAUAAUCUAAAAAAAUGUCCAUGAAAGUAUAUGUUUAUCUUUUAGGAUUAACUCACUAGAAUCGUUUUUAUGGUAAUCAAAUUUGGUCGAAAUUAAUACAUUAUUUGUUAAGAGUUGUAUCAAAAUAAUAAUAUUAAUCUUUAUCCAAAUAAAUGUGUUUUUGAUUAAGAGUAUUUAAUUGUAAACAAAAUUGUCUUUUACAUCACUUAAUUUCAAUGAACAUCUUAGAAAAUUAACAAUUUAAAAAUAAAACCGAUAUAAAAUUCACCCGCGCCGCAUGAUGUUCAAAACAUGACGCUGCAAGGAAGAGAGGCGUGGCUUGCGAGGUUUAUUAUUUGCGUGGACUAAGAACAGUCUGGAGAAUGACGUCGGGUACUUUUCAUAAAUGCCACAAAGACUAUAAUUCCUGUAGAAUUUGCGACACUUCCACGCGUACGAAGUCGCGGGCAACAGCUAGUUUUUGUAUAAAAUUAGGUCACAUUAAUUAAUUGUGACGUGUUAGGGUAAUUCUAACUUGGUUUUACAAUUUUUAAGAAACAGUGGGUUUAGCUUAAGAUACGAUAUCCAGCAAGAAGCUGCCUGAGAAUAGCAAGCUACUUAGUGAGCGCUGAAGUAGUCCAGAAGAGAAGGUCAGGGCGGCGAAGUGGGACGCAGGGGAGACCGCGGCGGCACGACGUCACAUAAUACGAAACCCAUUUGAAACAAACUGACCUAAGAUAAAUAAAAUUGCCUUCUACAAGUCCGUUAAUACAAGUUGUAGUAUUUCAACAUGUCACAACGUAUUUGAAGAAAUUAAUUUAUUAGAUUUUAUUUUUUAUUUUUAAUUAAAUUGCUGUUAAAUUCUUGUGAUGAUAAGGAUUACUAGACCAGGUAAGAGUAGUCAAUUUAGAAUAUUGAAGUAUUACAUAAUAUGUUUAAUUUAUAUACCUACCACAUAAUAAGUACAAUAGUCGCUGGGGAGGAGACCGAUGUAAUCUUACAUAUAAAAAUAUUGUACAAAAUAUGGAGUAUUAUGUAUGCAAUAAACAUGUAAUAAAUGAAA